AUGCGCUCUAUUGUCCCUACUGAACGCCUUCUUUCUCGGGCUAUGCAAGCUGAUGGCGUCUCAGACGUUUCAGCCGUCAGCUCUGGUUCUUUCCUUUUCGAGUUACUUAGGUGGUUCAAAGAAGAAUUCUUCAGAUGGGCCGACAAUUUCAUAUGUAAAGAAUGUGGCGUGAGUUAUCUUUUUAGAUUCAUUUUUUGGGGUGUGUAUUAUAGCGAAAAAAUAAUGCUAUAUCUCAUUUGA